AUAGUUCUCCGAGAUAUCCUUGGGUAAAUAUAAGGGGAACAACUCUGUUUACUCUGUUACGAAUAACAUUAUAUUAAAAUAUUAAAUACAAGAUAUGGAUGAUAACCAGGUGAAGAACUUCAACCGAGAUGGUUUCGUUAUUGGGUUAGAUGUGCUAACAGCGGAUGAGGUUGCAUUUUAUUUAGAAUCAUUUCUGGCAUACGAAGAAAGACUUGGUGGGAAGGUGACAGGUGCUUAUAGGUUCAAAUCUCACCUCUUACUUCCCUGGAUGCACCAGCUUGUUACUCAUCCAAACAUUCUACAAAUUGUUAAGCAAAUAUUUGGUCCAGAUAUUCUUUGCUGGUCGACAGAUUUGUUUCCGAAAGAUCCAGGAACGGGUAAAGUAUGUGCCUGGCAUCAAGAUGCCACAUAUGUAGGAAUGGAUCCUCCUGAUGCACUUACCGUAUGGGUUGCUCUAACAGAAUCUAAUCUACAAAAUGGCUGUGUGCAAUUUUCAAAAGCAAGUCAUCUGAAGGGUCAGAUGGAGCAUAAUAAAACGUUUGCCGAUAAUUCCAUGUUGUUAUAUGGUCAAGAAAUUCCAGUAGAAGUAGACGAAUCGUCGAUUGCUCACGCUGUCCUGAAACCAGGUCAAGCAUCUUUACAUCAUAUAAUGACUGUACAUGCUUCGGGCCCUAAUGAAGGUAAUGCACGACGUAUCGGCAUUGCUAUAAGAUACUGUGGUGCUUAUAUCAAGCAAAAAGAAGGGAUUGGAGAUUCAGCUAUGCUAGUGUGUGGUAAAGAUCGCGGUAAUUUCCCACUAGAACCUGCUCCAACUGCAGAAUUCGGAACACAGGAAGUGGAGGCACACAGAAAAGCUGUCGGGGCAGUUGGUCCAGAAGACCUUAUCAAAAUUAAAUAACUACAAAUUGUAUGCUUUCAGUUAGAAAAUAAAUGAUGAUUUCUUUAA